AUGACCAUCGUAUUCGAUGGACAGAAUUCUACCCGCCUGAGCCCUGCUUCGUUUUAUGUCUGCCUGGACAUAAUCCAUAUAAAUCACAUUCUGGGAUCAAGGAGUAUCGCAGCAGUCCCCCAAGGGUGCAGGAGAAAUACAGAGAGAGUUCAUAAUAUUACAGUGAAGCCUUCCUUGUCCACUCAAUUCUGUGCUUCUUUCUUCUUUUCUUUCCCCUCCCCUUCCAGGAUAAUCAUUGUACUGCGGAACCGGAUCUAUGUCUAUUCCUUCCCAGACAACCCCACCAAGCUGUUUGAAUUUGACACCCGAGACAAUCCCAAAGGACUCUGUGAUCUCUGCCCCAGUUUGGAGAAGCAGCUCCUGGUUUUCCCUGGACAUAAAUGUGGCAGUUUGCAGCUUGUGGAUCUUUCCAGCACCAAGCCUGGUACCUCCUCUGCCCCAUUCACCAUCAAUGCUCAUCAAAGUGAGAUUGCUUGCAUCUCUCUCAACCAGCAGGGCACUGUUGUGGCCUCGGCCUCUAAGAAAGGGACCCUCAUCCGCCUCUUUGACACACAGACCAAGGAGAAGCUGGUAGAACUCAGGAGAGGAACUGACCCGGCAACCUUGUACUGCAUUAACUUCAGCCAUGAUUCUUCGUUUCUCUGUGCCUCCAGCGACAAAGGAACCGUCCACAUCUUUGCCCUUAAAGACACCCGCUUAAAUCGCCGUUCAGCGUUGGCGCGUGUAGGAAAAGUUGGGCCCAUGAUUGGCCAGUAUGUGGAUUCCCAGUGGAGUCUGGCCAGUUUCACUGUGCCGGCCGAGUCUGCCUGCAUCUGUGCUUUUGGCCGGAACACCUCCAAGAACGUCAACUCUGUCAUUGCAAUUUGCGUAGACGGCACUUUCCACAAAUAUGUCUUCACCCCAGAUGGCAACUGCAACCGUGAGGCUUUUGACGUCUACUUGGAUAUAUGUGAUGACGAUGACUUUUGAGCACAGCAAAGCCUGCCAUGGCACAGGCAGAUGGAUAGCUACUGAGUUCAUGAACUAUUUGGAGUGUUGUUUAGCUCUGGGCAUGUUGAGGGCCCAAGCUGGGAUAAAACUAAGGCAUGUUAGGAAUCCUGCUAGGCUGCUUAUGGCAGGCUGGGAUGGAAAUUCCAAAAGCACCUUGAGUCUUCAUCUCUUUUAACGCUGCCACCCCAGGUGUGCUAUUUUAACUGCUACUAUUACCUGGUUCAUUUGGGACCAGUAUGAAGACCUAAAAGAAUUAGCUUUGGGGGGAAGAGCAUUUUUCUGACUUAUAUCCAGCUGGGAUAUUGGAAGCUGGGUGAGGCAGGAUCCUUGCUACCAGCCACAUCUGGAUGUCCCCAGCUUUCAACAGACAUUUUUGUGGGGAAAGGGGAAGAGCUAUCAUUAAAGGUAAAUAUGAAUGC